CCUGUGUCAAGAAGCCGGAAGCUGUUAACCUGAUGAUGAGAAGAGGGGAAAAUAGGAUGCACUGAAACGUUCAGUCAAUGUUUUAAAACCAUGGCCGAGCUGACACCGGCUGAAAAAUUGUUUCAGAUAUGGAUGAGAUUUUCUUCCAAGAAUGAUGUUGCAAUCUUAAAGGAAUUCAUAGAUGAAUUUGUUGACACAUACCAGAACUUAAUUGACCUGGAGUUUUUGCAUUUAAAUGAAGGAUAUUCAGAGGAGGGCCCCCAUUUUACUAAGCUUCCCGAUGGCCUGCUACAGAUGUUGUCUCAUCAUCUCAACCAAUGUCUGGAGAAAUUCAACGAGGACUCGAGUAUCGAGCAUAUUCAUUUCGCUGAGUCCAUCGUAAAAUGUUUGAUAAUCAUAUCAAGGAAUUAUGAUAACGUGCCACUGCUGGGAUCUUGUCAGUUUGUGAAACACCUGGUUACCAUAGGAACAGUGUUAACAGAAAAACUAUCCCAGAAUGCUCUACAGGAAGUCCAGAUGAAGGAGUUCCUCAAACUGAUGGUUCAUUUCUUUGAAUGUUUAUACGAUCCCUACUUUGUUUGGAGGAAGAGACUCAAAAGUUGGGUUGUGGACAAGAGUCGGAUGACAUACCGGCCAGCUGAACUACAUGUGGAGGUGGUGCCAUUCUUCUACGACUGCUGUAACAAGCCAUGUCUGUCUGUGUCAUUGAAGAUUACGUUCCUCCAUCUGUUUGGAGCUCUGAUGUGUGGAACACAGAGCAAUGCAUUGAGGGUAAUUACACCAGCCACCUUAGACAUUCUGCUACAGAUGAUGUCAUCUAACGAGUUGUCAGGACCGGCCAAUGAACAGCGGCAGGAUCUCCUAGAAAUGAAGGACCUCGCUCUCAAGUGUAUUGUGUGUAUGGUUCAUGUGAUCCAUGGAUCAAGUCCAGACCAGAGACAAGUGGAGGUGUCUCAGGUGAUGGAGGGUUACAUGGAGGUACUGACCUCGGCCGACAUCCAAUCAGAGAAUGGAUUUAAUCAACAGAUGCAGCUCAGUAUGAUCCAUGCUGUCAAUGAGAUGCUGGCCUGUCAGGAUCGCGGUGCUCUACAGGUCACAUUGGUCAGUGGAGGAACGUUUGAUUCUCUGGUGGCCCUCCUACAGAAAACUUCUUUAACGGGAUCCGAGGCCCAGUGUCUGGCCCUGUCUGUGUUACAGGUCAUCUGCUCCGUACUCACCGGCUCCAUCAAUGCCAAGGAGAGAUUUGCAUUAAGAGUUGGGUAUUGGAAGUUUGUGGAAGCUCUAAAAAGCUUGGGUCAGCCAUCCAUGUCUCUGCUGAAAGGAGUGCUCAACCUGGUGGUGGAGGAGGAGUUUUGUGAAGGCAAAAGUCACAUGAUCAGAAAUGUUCAAUCAGCACUGAUGUUACUGUGCUGGUUGCCUGAUAUUCAGUCUAAGGAACUACAGAUUUGGUUGGCAGAUCACUUAUGUGCUUUGAGCUCUCAGAAACAGAACAAGAUGAACUGCUGUAAUGAGGGAAUGAUCUCUGUCAUCAUCAAAGUUCUGGGCAGACAGAAACAGAUUGACCCUAAAGCUGUGGCAAUGUUAAUAAAUCUACUGGAAACCUUGGGCACACAUUCGAUUACUGCUAUAGAGUUAAAGCAACUGAUAGGGCAUUUAAAGUUGGAUGAGGAAGAAAAUCAGAAUCCUAACUUUUCGAGAUUGAUGAGGGCAUUAUGUACAAUGGCAAGGCAUGAUGGGAAGGAAGGUGCUCAUUACUUCCUGACUUUGAUGGAGGAAAGUGAGAUUAUUUCUAUGCCUGGGAUUAGGAAGUGGCCAGGGAAUGCUUUUGCCUUUCAUACCUGGGUUUGUCUAAACUCCCAUUCCUCCCCCGCUGGAACUACAGAACAGGUCUAUAGAAGACAGCUUUACAGUUUUGUCUCCAACUCUGGCUGUGGGUUUGAGGCAUUCAUUACAAUGGAGUAUGACCUUGUGGUGUCUGUGUACAACAGAAAAGAGCACAGUUCAGUGGAGGUCACAGACACAUCACUGGGGGACGAGCACUGGCACUCAAUUGACAUUGUCCAUAGCAGUUCCCGACGACCCUUCACAAGUAGUCAGCUGUUUAUUUACAUUGACGGAAAACUCAAACUCGGCUCACAGCUCAAGUUUCCCAAUGUCUCAGAGCCCUUCACAGACUGUAGGAUAGGUAGUCCCUGUAACAAGGCUGUGGUGAAGGCACUGCUGGAUCAGAACCAGUCGGCAAACACUGAGAGUAUCAAACAAUCUCCGCUGAGACGGCUGUUCACGAGAAAGAACGCAGACGAUCCUGAGAUCACCACCAUCCCCACAGGGACCCACGAGGAUGUGUGGGGGGUCCCAGUCAAUCUAGGGGGACUGCUGGGGUCAGUCUCAGUGUUCCAUGACACGGUUACCCCCGCUCAGGUCAAAGCUCUGCACCUGGCAGGGCCAAAUCAUCCAGUACUAUUUUUUGAUGACGAUUUCCCAGAUUUUACAGACUUUCCUGGUAAAACAGUGGUUUACUACAAUGCUAAGGCUUGUAAAGAUGGAGAGUGUGUAGACUUGUCCCCUAACCAAAAUCACGGACACUUUUCAGGCCAGAGGUGUGUUACCUGGGAUAUCAAGGAUGUGAUUAACGGAAUAGGGGGGAUACAGGUUCUGUUUCCACUCCUGGAACAAGUCAACAAUGGACCAGUCCCUGACUCUGACCUUGUCCAGCAGAUGGACGCUGUCCAGUCUAUGUCUCCAGACCAGGAUCAGGAUGAUUGGGUGGUCGUCCCCAGCAGCUCCUACUCAGAUUCCAAGCUGGAGCAGAAUCAGGUGGCGGGAUUUCUUACAUUACUGCGACACAUGAUCCACUCACAGGGAACCAAUCAGGAGGCAAUGAUCAGAACAGGAGGGGCUGCGACAAUCGGGGCUCUACUGCAAAAAGUGAAUUCCCGGUUGAUAGAUGUGAAUGUGCUCAUGUCGGUUCAGUUGCUAUUGGAAACAACAGCCAGUGUGAACCAGACUCUGUUGAGCCAGAUGUACCAGUACUUGUUGUUUGAUUUCAGGAUCUGGAGCAGCAGUGAAUUUCCUGUCAGAAUAGGUCACAUCCAGUACCUGUCCACCAUCAUUAAGGAUGAUAAAAAGUUCUUCAGGAAGCGGUUUGGAGUUCAGUUUGUCCUGGAUAUCGUCAGAAUGUUCUACAGCCCAGCCUCUACCCCAGCCAUAAUGAUUAUGUCUUUGCAAUCUUUGAAUUUUUAUGAUGAGCUGAACGCCAUCCUGAAAUUCCUGUUUGCUGUCAAGGAUGAAGAUAUGGCGUGUGAGACAAUGGAUGUCCUGAUUUCUCUGCUGGAAAGUAAGACAAAGAACGACCAGCUACACCUACUGAUGUUUGAACCAGAGACGGGUGAACUCAUGUACGGACUGCUGGUGCAUCCUGGGAAAUCUGUCAUUUAUUAUGAAAAAAUAAUCAAGGUACUCUACCUGCUGUUAAACUCGGACAAAGUGUACGAGAAGAGUAAGCUCCCUUUGCGUUUAUCGGACACUGGACAUUUAGGUCUAGUGGAGCUGAUGAGAAACUGUGAUGUCUCGGGACCAAUGUUCAAACGCUUCCUAGAACAAGUCUCUGCACUAGAUGUGCCUCAGAGUUAUAACUCUAUCCUGGCCCUGUUACAACUGAUCCACUACUCGGCAUCAGACAUCAAGUUAGAGGCCAGUAGACAGCUGCUUUUUAUUCUGGUGAACAGGCCAGGAGCUGCCAAGCAGUUUGUUAAACAGCUUGGUUGGCAGGAAGCCUUAACUAAGCUUUUCAUCUUCAGAAAAACAGAGGAAAUUCAGCAGUCAGACUCUUUUAUUUCUGAAGAUAAAAAUGUGGAAUUUACUCUCAAUGAGGAGUCAGCUACAGACUGUGAUUCUCAAACCCAACUCAAUGAUUCGUGCAAUACAAGUAUCAGUGUUCCUAACAGUCUUUCAGUUUCCGUCUGUGAUAAUAGUCAAAAAGUGUCUUCCCCAAAAGAGCCAACAACACCUUUCUAUCUUUCAAGAACGUUUGAUGAUAUUAAUAGCUCAGAGGAUGAUAGGUCAAGGUCAGUCAGCAGGAGCUCCAGUGCCAGUGUUGAGGAUUUGACAGCAGUAGGUCAAAGGUCAUCCUCCAUCGUGGCCUCUUCAUCCUCUUUCUCAAUCAGUGAUAGUGCAAUAGAUUUAAACAAUUCUGCGACCUUGUCUAGAGAGAAGCGGGUCAGUUCAGGGUUCACGCAGGCGGAUACUAUUCAGAGAGCUCUAGAUAACCUUGGAAUCCACAAAAUAUAUGUCAAGGACAGCGGGGAGAGGACCGAGGAGCUGUGUCAGAAUCUGCUGCUUGUCCUCCUCACAAUAAUGUGGAAAGGCGUGGAGGGCUCUGACGAUGCUGCCUGGAAGGAGAGAGGCAUUGUCUUUUCGUGGGUGGAUCAUUUAUGUGAAGACCAUGAAUUGAUCAGAUCACCAUGGGAAAUCAAGAGACGCCUCCUAGAAAUGAUGAUCCACUCCUGUACUUCAGAUUUAAAGGACGCAGAUGAAGAGAAACAAUUGAGGUCACCUGAAUUGGAAAAAGAUCCGUCCAAUCAAAUGCAACAACUUUUGUCCUCUACCCUUAAAAGCGCCUCUCAGAUCCUUGACAGUAUCAAGCUGUCUCAGGAUACAGCCACACCUACAGAGAACGCGAUACAACUGGUUAAACUGGUUCACUGUUUUAUGUCCCAGGAUGCCAAGCAAGACAAGGAGAAAUUCAGUGAGAGGCUGAUAGAGGAUAUGAUGGCGUUACUGGACAAUCUGGCUGUAUGGGACGUAGAGUCUGACGGAGGAUGGAAGGAGAUGGCUCGCCUAGGCCUCUGUCUACUCAUACAGUACGCUAGUCAACCAGAUCUAGAGUUGUGUGCUGUAGCAACAGCUAAACUCCACACCCUGGUCCAGACCAAACUCAUCUCUAGCUCAGCCGAGGCUUCCUUUCUCAUUGGAAACUUAAAUCUUAUGGUGCUCAAGGCUGUUAGGGACAAUUCGGACACCUACUCGUUCCUGAUUCCUGUGAUGAAGGCUCUACUAGACAAGGCCAGCGGUCUCCUUAACCUUGACCUACUUCUCCCUGACCUUCCCCAGACCAGUAACAGUCCGACCUUCUUUGAUGACUUUAAGAACUUCUGUGUAUCAGAGCAGUGGAAACAGUUUAUAGAGAAUUAUGUAAAACCUCAGAUGCAGCACUUUGACGAGAGUACGUUUGGAGAACUAGAAUCCAACAUUCGGGAGUUCUGGGGACAGUGUAAGGAAGCCAUGAUGGUCAAUAUGCACAUGAAAAACAGAGAGAAGGGAGAAUCCAAGCUCAAGUUUCAGAACAAAAUCCUGGAUCCGUUCCACAGUAAAGAAUCUUCCGAGCAGAAGAGGUUCCACAAUGUUGAGGUCCAGCACAAGAGUCAGCAUCAGUCCACACUGAAACAAUGGAGAGCCACCAAGCGGUUCUUCACCGGGGAAAGAGGGGCGUGGUCUGAACAUGGCACAGCUGUGAUGCAUUGGAAGUUAUCAAAUCAAGAAAACUUUAAGAGAAUGAAGGUGAAGAUGAUUCCUAAUUAUUACUUUGACCCCCAUACAGAGGCCAGCUACCAGAGAGACAAUCUAGGGGCAAGUGAAGCAGACAUUGCAGAAGAGAUCAAGAAAAUCAAGCUGGCGAGGGAGGCUCUGGUCUCCAAGGAUCAGAUUGAUGAGGACUUCAUUGGAGAGGAGGAUUGGAGUGUCAUCAGCACAGAUCUCAGAAACAAUGAACCUCAAGGGAAAGAAAAACUGGUUCUCUCAGAAGAUUGUGAAUUGGUGACUUUGGUGGAUGUUGUUAAAGGUCGACUAGAGGUCACAACCUCCAAUAUUUACUUUUUUGACUGCAGUUCAAACAGAGAAGAGGGUGGUGAAGAUUUUAAGUGGUCCCUGUCUCUUCUAAGAGAAAUCCAUUUUCGUCGUUAUAAUCUUCGGAGGAGUGCUAUUGAACUUUUCAUGAUUGACCAAACAAAUUUCUUCCUUAACUUUGAACCGAGGAAGAGAAAUAAAGUGUACAGUAAGAUUUUGAGCCUGAAACCUCCAAACCUGAUUUAUACUGUGUCAAGGUCACCAGCAGAGAUGCUCAAAGCCUCAGGACUCACCAAGAAAUGGAUACAAAGGGAGAUCAGUAACUUUGAGUACCUGAUAGAGUUGAAUGCGAUAGCAGGAAGAACGUACAACGAUCUUAGCCAGUACCCAGUGUUUCCAUGGAUACUGGCAGAUUACACUUCAGACACUUUAGAUCUGGAAAAUCCCAAAGUGUAUAGAAAUCUCAGUAAACCAAUCGGAGCCAACAAUGAAAAAAAUGAAAGAGAGGUCAAAGAAAAGUAUGAUAGUUUUGAGGACCCCUCAGGUGUGAUAGAGAAGUUCCACUAUGGUACCCAUUACUCUAAUGCCCCAGGGGUCAUGCACUACAUGAUAAGAAUGGAGCCCUUCACCACCCUCCACAUACAGCUACAGAGUAACAGGUUUGACGUAGCUGACCGACAGUUCCACUCUAUCCCAGCUACCUGGCAAUCCCUGAUGGACAAUCCUAAUGACGUGAAGGAGCUGAUCCCAGAAUUCUUCUAUCUCCCAGAGUUUCUUGUCAAUACCAAUGAUUUUGACCUUGGUAAGCUUCAAGGUUGUAAGGAGCGGGUCAAUCACGUGAUCCUCCCUAAGUGGGCCAAGUCUCCGGAGGACUUUAUCUACAAACACAGGAAGGCCCUGGAGUCAGACUACGUCUCGGCCAACCUCCACAACUGGAUAGAUCUGAUAUUCGGAUACAAACAGAAGGGACCCGCGGCCGUGGAGGCGCUCAAUGUCUUCUACUACUGUACUUACGAAGAAGAUGAUGACUUCUUAGAUUCUGGUGCUGUUGACUUGGAUGCUGUGAAGGAUGACAAAGAGAGGAAGGCUAUAGAGGGGAUGAUCAACAACUUUGGACAGACUCCCUGUCAGCUUCUGAAGGAGGCCCAUCCUAGAAGAAUGACAAUGGAAGAAGUGGCCCUGAAGGCCAUCAAAGCUGACCGCCCCCUGUGUGUGUUUGAUUUUCUCCAUCAGCUCAAGGUUUUCUUUGUGGAGGUUUCCCAGGAAACUGAUCCUCUGGUGUACAUUUCCGUCCCUAGAAGUCAAGCGAGGUCCAUCAUACAGCAUGGAAUGGCUGAUACUAUGGUGACAAUCUCUGAGAGUGGAAUUAUCGGUCUACAUGGCUGGCUGCCCUAUGAUAAAUCCAUCUCUAACUACUUCACAUUUGAAAAGGACCCAGCUCUCAGCAACCCAAAAAGUAAAAGAAGAAUGCCUUGUCCCUUUUCACCGAAUCUAAAAGUGGACUCCAAGCUUUUUAUGGUAUCCCAUGAUGCCAAGCUCCUAUUCAGUGUUGGUCACUGGGACAAUAGUUUACAGGUGUAUCACCUGGGAAAGGGGAAGAAAGUCAACCACAUCAUACAACAUAUAGAUGUGGUGACCUGUCUGGCCUUGGAUCACUGUGGACGACAGCUGAUUACUGGGUCCGCGGAUACUUCCUGCAUUGUGUGGGAAGUGGUCAUGCAGGGAGGAUACAGCAGCUAUGUGAACCCAAAGAGACUUCAGACAUUGUAUGGACAUGAUGCUGAGGUGACCGCUGUCCAGAUCUCUGUGGAGCUCGAUACGGCUGUGUCAGCCUCAAAGGAUGGCACUGUGAUUAUACACACCGUUCGUAGAGGACACUACAUGAGGACCCUCCGUCCGCCGUGCACUAUGGGAUACACGUUAAAUAUCCCCCACAUGGUAAUGGAUGAUAUGGGACGUAUUGUGUUGUACUGCCAUGAGACAUUGCCUAUAGAACCAAAGGAGAGGUUCUCCCUCCAUCUCUUCUCCAUCAAUGGACAGCACCUGUGUACUGAGAGACUGAGUCAGGGGCUGGGUCAUGUGAUCAAUGUGGAAGAUCACCUGAUCACAGGCGACAAUCAGGGUCAACUCUGCAUCUGGGAAACGUUUGGACUCAGACAACUAACAGUCCUGCCACUCCAUGUCCCUGUUCAUUCAUUGGCCAUCACCAAUAGCAACAGCCACAUCUUCGCUGGUCUGAGAGACGGAAAAUUGAUCAUCAUAGGAGUGAAAAAUCGAUCAGAAAUCAGAUAAUGGCAUGGGACUGAAAACUAAGGAGAAAAAACAGCUUACCAUUGUCAAAGACAUCAAGAAAUUGUAUUAUUCAUUGUGGUAUGGACCCUGAACUCAUUAAUUUAUUGCCUGUGUCAAAAUAUGUAACAGUCACUACUACUGGAUGUUUUUUUUUUCUGAAUUUUUUUUUUACUCUGGUCAAUAAUUAAGAGGAGUCUAUGGUGGCUAUUUUUUAUCAUGUGUGAGAUGGGUUAUACAGUCACUUAAUUUGAGAAUUUUUACUGAAUAAGUAAUGUUUUUGUUUCUUAUUAUCAGAUUAUUGUUUUUGUUUAUUAUCAGAUAUGCCACAAAGUUGUACCAUUACUCAUGUCAAUGUGAUAUUUAUAUACAGAUUUCAAAAUUUGUAAUUUAUUUGUUAUGGGAGAUUGUUUUUAUGGCCUAAAAAGAUAUUUUUAUUGCACCAAUAAGGUUCAAGUGUUAAUAUGUAACUCGCAUAUCUCAAUAAUUGCAAUAUGUACUUUGUCUGUUUACAUAUCUUUGUCAAUUGCAUUGUUCACUCAGUUGUAUAGAAUAAUGCACACAUUACAUAAGCUGUUGAAUUUCCAAGGCCAAAAAUUGGUGCUAUAUGAAAUUUUAUACCAAAAUUGAUUUCCAAAUCAUCUGGUACACAGUAUAAAUCUGAAAUCAAGUAUUUUGAUGACAUUGUUUCAUUCAAUCUGUUUAAAAAUUCUGUAAUAUCUAAAUAGUUUCCUGAAAUAUCAACAGAGCAUUUAAAAAAGUGCAAUGUGAACUGAUUUAUUUUGGGACUUUUUUAUUGCAUUUUAAAGAAUUAAUGUACAUGUAACUUAAAUAUUUCUUUGUAAAUUCCUUGCAGCAUCCAAUUUUAACAAUGCAGAUUUAUACAUGGAAAGGUAUUAUUAUAAAGAUUAUUUUUUAUUUGCUGAUGGGAAUUGAAAUAAAGUCUUUUGAUA